GCAGUCACGAAAGCUUUAAAUCAAAAAUGUUGUUGUUGUUUAAACUCGUAAGUUGACUUCCGGCGGCGAACGGAAACGACGGUCGCCUUGGCAACCACCGUGCCGCGUGGUGACGCGAGCGGCGCUGCUGCGGCCUCGCUGGGUGAUAUCGCUGACGGUGGCCGCCCGCUCGCCCGCAUACUCACGACGUCUUUUUUAAAACGUUACCCGUCUCUUAAUUCAGCCGCGCGGUGUACGUCGCCUUCCCCCCGCCACCAUGCAUCAAGUGAAGGAAGGGGAGUUCACGGCGACGAUUUACACAAUGAUUAAAGAUGGUCGCUAUGGAGAAGCGAUCGAGAUCCUCAACAAUGAGCUGCAGAAACAGCCCAAGUCCCGACCGGCACUCUCCUUGCUGGCAUACUGCUCCUUCCAGAUGCAGGACUUUGCUGUUGCUGCUGAAUGCUACGAGUCGUUGGCGCAGCAGGCUGGGCCUGGGGACGAGGGCGCCGAAUAUCGGCUGCGUCAUGCGCAGUCUCUGUACCGUGCCAGCGCCUAUGCUGAGGCACUCAAGGCCACACUCGCUAUGGAGGGCCCUGCUUAUCAAGCCAAGGUCCUGAAAUUGCAAGCCGCUAUUAAAUAUGGGGAAGAUGACCUGACUGGCGCCAAGAGCCUGGUGGAACAGUGUGCUGCAGAUGAUCCAGACACAGAGAACAAUCUGGGCUGCCUGCUAUAUAAGGAGGGCCACUUUGAUGAAGCGUGCUUGCGUUUCACCACUGCCAUGCAGCUUGCGUCCUACCGCCCCGAUUUAUCCUACAACCUGGCGCUCUGCUACUACAGCAUGAAGCAGUACGCCCCUGCCCUCAAGCAUAUUGCUGAUAUUAUUGAGAAGGGCAUUCGCACGCAUCCUGAGCUGAGUGUGGGAAUGACUACAGAGGGCAUCGAAGUGCGCAGUGUGGGCAACACGCAGGUUCUGCAUGAGACAGCCCUGGUUGAGGCGUUCAACCUCAAGGCAGCCAUCGAAUAUCAACUGAAAAACUUUGAGGCUGCACAGGAAGCACUGACAGACAUGCCCCCACGAUCAGAAGAGGAGUUGGAUCCAGUGACUCUGCAUAACCAGGCACUCAUGAACAUGGAUACCCGGCCCAGUGAGGGCUUUGAAAAAUUGCAGUUCUUGCUGCAGCAAGAGACCUUCCCUCCGGAGACCUUUGGCAACCUUCUGUUGCUGUACUGUAAGCAUGAGUAUUAUGACCUUGCUGCGGAUGUUCUGGCAGAAAACGCUCAUCUCACAUACAAAUUGCUUACACCGUACCUAUAUCAAUUCUUGGACGCCAUGAUAACAUGUCAGACUGCACCUGAGGAGGCAUUCCACAAGUUUGACGAAAUGGCAUCCAAGUUGACGGAGCAGCUCCGCAAGCUCACCAAGCAGCAGGUCCAGGAUGCCCGGGCAAACCGUGAUGACGACGGCGUGAAAAAAGCCGUCAACGACUAUGACGAAGUGCUGGAGAGGUUCGUGCCGGUACUGAUGGCGCAGGCUCGCAUCUAUUGGGAGCGUGAGAGCUAUGCGGCGGUGGAGCGGCUUUUCCGCAAAUCGGUGGAAUUCUGCAGCGAACACGAUGUGUGGAAGUUGAACGUGGCACAUGUGCUCUUCAUGCAGGAGGGCAAGUACAAGGAGGCCACCGGAUUCUAUGAGCCCAUUGUCAAGAAGAACUACGGAAAUAUUCUAGGUGUCAGUGCCAUUGUACUGGCAAAUCUCUGCGUUUCUUACAUCAUGACAUCUCAGAACGAGGAGGCAGAGGAGCUCAUGAGGAAGAUAGAGAAGGAGGAGGAACAACUUGCAUAUGAUGACCCUGACAAGAAGACGUAUCAUCUUUGCAUCGUCAACCUCGUCAUAGGAACUCUAUACUGUGCAAAAGGAAAUUACGAGUUUGGAAUUUCCAGAGUGCUCAAAAGCCUGGAGCCAUACCAGAAAAAGCUGGGCACGGACACGUGGUUCUACGUCAAGCGCUGCUUCCUGUCCAUGCUGGAGAACAUGGCCAAGCACAUGCUCUUGCUUCGCGACGGUGUUCUGCAGGACUGCCUCGCUGCCCUGCAGCAGUGCGAGUUGUAUGGCCGCAACAUCCCAGCCAUGGUGGAGCAGCCCCUUGCGGAAGAGCGAGCGCAUGGCGGGAGGAACACCGUGACCUACGAAGCGCGGCUGCUACAUGCACUGAUGAUGCGCGUUACGGGCUGGAGGCAGUGAUGCGUACACUCGGCGCACACAGGCGCUUUGCGCAGCACAGGUGCUCCCACAAGCAAAAUCUAUCUGUGUUGUAUUCGGCACGUCAGCCGAUAUGCACACGCAACGAUACGCUCACUCGCGCUCACUCUCACUUAGUAGCCUAAGGCACCAUGAUUACAAAGCCGAGUCAAUGCUGAAAUCGUGCCUCUAUGGCAACGUAAUGUACCUUGCCUUUAUUGCAUCUGUACGAAUACAUACUCAUGCCCACUCCAUAUAUCAGACAGUUGUGUAAUCAAGUACGCAUGCGUACGCUUACUCCAUUUCCAUAAAAAAAACGUAUUUCACUUGAGACACUUAAUUUUUUUUAUGCAAUCAUACACACGACUCCCAAUGCUUGUUAUACUUUCAUUGACUCUUAAUCAUGUACAUGUACAGCCUUUUGCGUCAAUCCACUGCUGGGUUUUGGCGGUUGAUUCUUUGCGUAUGGUUGAACUUCUUUUGCCACCGAAUGUAGCCAACCGUGCUAAUCGGAGGCACUGACCACCAAGCUGGUCAGUGAGUAUUGAUCAAGGCAGGGAGCAGAGAAGUACAGUACAAAAAUUGAUUUUGUUGCACUGCCUUCUGCCCACAAUAUAGCUUCAUGGAUUUUAUGACGUUUUAUUAAAGAUUGUCCAUCCAAGCACUAUCCAGGCUCAAGUCGGGUUAGCUUCUAAGAUUUGAGGAGACCCAGUGCAUUUCAGGAGAUGUGUUCAAAAGUUUUUGAUAUUUGUAUAAAAUGUUUAAAAUAAACUAUUAUUUUUCAAAUGA